AUGGUAGAUGAUCAAAGGUCAAACACUUUCACCGUCAAUUACUCAGGCUUUGACCAGCACGGGGUGGACCCUGCUGCCUUCCAGACUAUAUUUAACCAGAAGGACUUCCGUCCGGUCAUCAACUACAGCAUCCCCACUCAGGUCAACAUCUCCUUCACUUUGUCUGCCAUCCUGGAAGUGGAUGAACAACUUCAGCUGCUGACAUUAUUUCUGUGGUUAAAGUUGAUCUGGAAUAACCCAUUCAUCAGCUGGGAUCCAGAAGAAUGUGGUGCCAUCAGUAAACUCACUGUGACAACUGAGAGCCUGUGGCUCCCAGACAUCUUCAUCAUGGAAUCCAUGGAUGUGGAUCAGACCCUGGAAGGCCUCUCUGCAUAUGUGACCAAUGACGGUCACGUUGUGUAUAACAAACCAAUGAGGGUGACCAGCAUCUGUAGCCUGGACAUCUUCUACUUCCCCUUUGACCAGCAGAACUGCACACUCACCUUCAGCUCUUUCCUCUACACAGUGAAAAACAUGUUGCUGGGCCUGGAAAAGGAAGUGUGGGAGAUAGUGGACACCUCACGUGACAUUAUCCGCACACAAGGGGAGUGGGAGCUCCUGGGCAUCAACAAGGCCACCCCAAAGCUGUCUGUGGGCUCCAGUCUUUUUGACCAAAUCAUGUUCUACGUGGCCAUCAGGCGCAGGCCCAGCCUCUAUGUCAUAAACCUCCUGGUGCCCAGUAGCUUUCUGAUCGCCAUUGAUACCCUCAGCUUCUACCUGCCGGCAGAAAGCGGGCAUCGUGCCCCAUUCAAGAUAACCCUUCUGUUGGGCUACAACGUCUUCCUGCUCAUGACGAAUAAACUACUUCCUGCUAAUGGCACCCCCUCAUCAGUACGUGUCUACUUUGCCCUGUGUCUGUCCCUGAUGGCGGUCAGCCUGCUGGAGACCAUCUUCAUCACCUACCUGCUGCACCUGGCCACCACCCAGCCCCCACCCAUGCCUCAGUGGCUCCACCCUCUGCUCCUCUACUGGGCCAGCCCAAGGAAAUGCUGCCCCACUGCACUCUGGAAGGAGAAUGUGGGCCCAGGCCUCAUGCCCACUCACCUACCUGGACCGAAGGAGCCAGGGCAGUUGGUAGGGAAGGAGCUGGGACCCAGAGAGGCAGAGCUGAAUGGGGCUUCAGGAUUGACAAGCACCCAGCUAGCUGACCUGUGGGUGCAGUUCAGCCACAUGAUGGACACCUUCCUCUUCCACCUCUACCUGCUCUUCUUGGCCUCCUCCAUCAUCACGGUCAUCGUCCUCUGGAACACCUAG